AUGUCUGGUAUUGAGGACAACUUCCUGCUCAAUGCUUCGGCAAUAGCUCGAAUUUCCGAAAUUCUUACUCGCACGCAGAGCAAUCCAACGGUUCCUCCAUCCGACGAGUAUGUCAUGGACGUCAACACCAUCAAGUUGUCCCACCGAUGGACUAUCAACAAUUUCGGCAGUAUUUUAAGACUCAGUAGCCCUGAAGAUAAGAUGACCGGAAAGAUUCUGUCUAAUCCUUGUUUCUACCCAUUGCCUCCGAUUCCAACUGUCGAGCCGACUCUCGAGCCUACGAAUGAUUUUCCAGAAGACAUGGAGGUGUUGGAAGAAGGUGUGGCUCCGGUUAGCAAUCCACCGGUUCCUCCAUCCGACGAGUAUGUCACAGACAUCAACGUUAUCAAGUUGUCCCACCCACCGGUGCACUAUUCUCAGUUUCGAUACUGUUUUAAGACAGCGAUAAUACUGUAUAUAUCAAAGGCUCUUUCAACCUCCCAACCUUACAGUAACCCCGAAUUCCCCGAUGUCUGCUGGCAACUCAUCCUCUACCCAGGCGGCAAACGAGAAGAGAAUGCCGGCACCGUGUCGCUCUUCUUGAAGAUGUCAUCGAGAAAGCCAGAGCAGGAAGCAAGAGUCAAAGCCGAAUACCAAUUCAUGUUUUUGAAUGACAACGAAGAGAAGGUGUUCACCAAUAUCAAUGUGGGAGACUUCCAUGUAGAACCACCGAACGGGGGACACUCCUGGGGACUCCGCAACAUUCCCAGAGCAACAGUGGAACGCGCGCUUCGGAACGACGGUUCGCUUGUCAUUCGAUUGGAGAUCGAAAUCAUGAAGGAUGUGUUUAAAACAAAGCCAAAGGUUCAUGAAGAUCCUAUUGACAACUUUGUCUCUCCAGCGAUGGAACAGAUUCUGUCCAAGUCCUUCUCAACCCUCUCAUUGGCUCCGAUUCCAGCUGUCGAGCCGACUCUCGAGUUCACAGACGAUCUUCCAGAAAACAUGGAAGUGAUCAUCGUGGAAAAAGACGUCCCUCCGAAAAUCUACGAUGAGUUUGAUGCUGAACUUAUCAACUAA